UCAACCGGUAUUUAGCGUAACGAGUUCCGACGAGCAACUCGCCGGAAAACAACCAUUAGGUUAAGCAGAGAAGAAGAGAAGGUUCUAGAAGGAUAAUAACGAUGAGUCGUAGCUUGGGGAUUCCGGUGAAGCUUCUACACGAAGCAACAGGGCACAUAGUAACCGUUGAAAUGAAGAGCGGUGAGCUUUACAGAGGAAGUAUGGUUGAGUGCGAGGAUAACUGGAAUUGUCAGCUCGAAAGCAUCACUUACACUGCCAAAGAUGGAAGGGUGUCACAACUGGAACACGUUUUUAUUCGAGGCAGCAAAGUCAGGUUCAUGAUAAUUCCUGAUAUGCUUAAGAAUGCUCCCAUGUUCAAGCGGCUAGAAUCCAGAAUCAAGGGGAAAGGUUCAUCACUCGGUGUUGGACGGGGACGUGCUAUGGCCAUGCGAGCUAAGGCUCAGGCUGCAGGUCGUGGAGCAGCACCUGGUCGAGGUGUUGUGCCUCCUGUGAGAAGAUGAUCUCCCUGCAUCGGUUGGUCUCUGGUUUUUGAGUUCGUAAAUUCAUUGUAAUGGUGCAUUAGAAGCUUUGUAUCUCUGAUUUUUUUCUUAUAAUUGGCUCUUUAUUUCAGUUAUGACUAGAUAUAAGCAAGUGAUUUUCGGGAUACAACAUACAAGGAUGUUUACCGGUCUUUCUUGCAAUGUUGUAUUUCAUUGGGACAAUGUCUAGCUUAGAUAUGUUCUUUAUUUUUGAUAACUGUAGUGUCGAGGCCAACUUACACGCACCUCGAUUAAUUUCACAGAAUAUUUGGCACCUCCACCAGCAACAUGUACUAGGUAAUGUUCACCAAGACUAGAAUAGAUGGGAAGAAACCAUCUAGCCCGGAUAUGGUUAUUCUUAGAGAUACUAAAGGAAAUGGUCUGUUUAGGAAGGCAGCUUCUUGUGGUUAUUUCUUAUGCAAUCGAUGUUGGUAUCCAUGGAAUUUCAUUGAAUUUCACUAGAAUGUUGUAGUAUUCCUUUUGUUAGGAAUACUACAUGAUUU